CUGGUUUUCUUUUUAGACCUGGACCACCUAUUGGACCUGGACUGUUUUUUGCCUUGGCCUGCACUACUUGUGAUCCAAGAUGCGGUUGAGUCCAAGAGAGCAGGAGAGCCUGUUGGUUCAUGAAGCAGGCGCCCUUGCUCAGAAGCGCCUUGCGAGAGGUCUGAAGCUGAAUCACCCAGAAACUGUGGCACUCAUUGCAUCUCAGAUGCAGGAGUUUGUGAGAGAUGGAAAACCAGUUUCUGAAUUGAUGAACAUUGGGAGACAGUUAUUAGGUGUCCGGCAGGUCCUGCCUGGUGUUGCAGACAUGAUCCCUGAGGUACAGAUUGAGGCCACCUUCCCGGACGGCACCAAGCUUGUCACGAUCCAUCAACCUGUUGCUAGAGAGAAUGGAGACCUCAGCCUUGCCCUCUAUGGUAGCUUCUUGCCAGUGCCUGAUCUGUCUGUCUUUGACCAGCCACAUUUGUCACAGAACGGUCCAGCUGAUGCACCUCUGGCUGUACAUCCCGGAGAAUACUUUGCAGCGUCGGAUGAACCUAUCACGCUCAACGCUGGUCGGGCAACCAAAAGGUUAAAGGUCACCUCCACCUGUGAUCGUCCCAUUCAGAUUGGCAGCCAUUACCAUUUCAUUGAAGCAAACAAGUAUUUGACCUUUGACCGGCUGGCUUCCCUCGGUAUGAGAUUGAAUAUUGCAUCUGGUACAGCGGUACGCUUCAGUCCUGGAGAGACAAGGGAUGUCAAUCUCGUCGCUAUUGCUGGAAAGAGAGUGAUACGAGGUGGCAAUGGAUUGGUGGACGGACCGGUUUCCAAAGCCUCUGAGAGCUCACUGAGAGAAAAGAUCCAACAGCAUUCCUUCGGAAACCAGGCACAGGCAGAUGCAGAGACUGUUUCUAACUUCACAUGCUUGAUGCCACGACUCAACUACAUUCAUACAUACGGACCAACAGUUGGAGACAAGGUGAGACUUGGAGAUACAUCACUGGUGAUUGAAGUGGAACAUGAUUUAAUCUCUGUGCUAGGUGGACAGCUCAAAUAUGGAGAUGAAUGCAAGUUUGGAGGUGGUAAGGUCUUGCGGGAAGGAAUGGGACAAGCAGCUCAUCUGACAUCAAAAGAUACCCUAGACACUGUCAUCACAAAUGCCCUCAUUGUUGACGCAGUGGCAGGCAUCAUCAAGGCAGAUGUUGGUAUUAAGGAUGGAAUGAUAGUUGGGAUUGGAAAGGCUGGAAACCCCGAUGUGAUGGACGGAGUGACAGCAGGAAUGGCUGUUGGCGUGGAAACAGAAGCCAUCGCUGGAGAAGGGAAGAUCCUGACAGCGGGAGGGUUGGACGCCCAUAUUCAUUUCAUCUGUCCUCAACUCGCCAAGGAAGCUAUUGCAUCUGGACUGACGACUAUGUUUGGUGGAGGAACAGGACCAGCUACUGGUACGUGUGCGACCACCUGUACCCCAGGACCAAACCACAUCAAGAACAUGAUCCAGAGCACCGACGCAUUCCCUCUCAAUUUUGGAUUCACAGGAAAGGGGAACACCUCCAAUUCUGACAAAGAAUCUUGUCGAGAGCUUGAGGAACAAAUUGAAGCAGGAGCGAUUGGAAUGAAGCUGCAUGAGGACUGGGGAUCCACCCCUGAGGCAAUUCGUACAUGUCUGCGCGUUGCUGAGAGGCACGAUGUCCAAGUCAUGAUCCAUACGGACACUCUCAAUGAAUCCUGCUGUGUGGAAGAUACCAUAGCUGCUUUUGAGGGCCGCACCAUCCACACCUAUCACUCGGAGGGUGCAGGAGGAGGCCACGCCCCUGACAUCAUGAAGGUAGUGGGCGUGCCCAAUGUGUUACCCUCGUCUACCAACCCAACCCGCCCCUUCACAGUGAACACCAUCGAUGAACACCUGGAUAUGCUCAUGGUCUGCCACCAUCUUGACAAGAAUCUCAAGGAAGAUGUUGCCUUUGCCGAAUCUCGGAUCCGGGCCGAAACCAUAGCUGCUGAAGAUAUCCUUCAUGAUCUGGGAGCCAUCAGUAUUGUGGCCUCCGACUCACAGGCCAUGGGGCGUGUCGGUGAGGUGAUCACCCGUACAUGGCAGACGGCAGACAAAAUGAAGAUUUUCAGAGGCAGACUGUCAGAGGAAACGGGUGACAACGACAACCUAAGGGUCAAGCGUUACAUUGCCAAGUACACGGUCAACCCGGCCAUUGCCCACGGCAUGGGCCAUCUCAUUGGCUCUGUACAGGUUGGUAAAAUGGCUGACCUGGUUCUCUGGAAUCCGGCAUUCUUCGGAGCUAAACCUGACCUCAUCAUCAAAGGAGGUUACAUUGCUUGGGCACAAAUGGGCAUGCCCAAUGCAUCCAUCCCGACCCCUGAACCUGUCAAGACCAGGAAGAUGUUUGGUGCUUACGGGAAGUCCAUCGGUGAGAACUCUGUCAUCUUUGUGUCCAAGGCAGCAGGUGCAGAGAUCCAACAGAAAUACGGCAUCAGCAAGAAGGCAGUACCUGUCACCAGCUGCCGCUCCCUUAAGAAAAAGGACAUGAUCUUGAACGACUUUUUACCAGACAUAAAGAUUGAUGCAGAGUCUUACAAGGUGACCAUCAAAGAUCGAGGCAAGGAGACAGAUGAGCUCCUGACAUGUCCUCCGGCCAAACGACUCUCUCUUGCUCAACGCUACUUCCUCUUCUAGGUUUAACAUCCGUGCCUUUGUUAGAAGGCUGAUGCAGACAUCAACAUUAGUGAUAAACGAUGUGUACCUGGAAGAAAUUUAAUUCCUUGAAAUGCUUUAGCGCCUUAUCAUGGCAACUCAGCUACAGCCAGGGUAAUACUAUGAUACCUUGUAUUAAGCGCAGUAGUGUAUAUUCAUUUGGUAGCUGCGCUAUAUAAAUUGACCUAUUAUUAUGCUUCGCUUUCAGGACAGGAAUUUGAAAGGGC